CCUCCGCCCAUCCCCAUCCGCGCCAUCUGGAGGCAGCCCACCAUGCUGCGUGCCUCCAUUCUACGGGCCCGUCCAGCUGCCAGGCCAUUGGCCCGCCACGCCCGCCCACAAUGGCUCGCCGCCCGCCGCCUGUAUGCCGACGAUAAGAAGAGCCUGGGCGAGACGGCCGUCCCCAACCCGCCGCCCGCGACGGACGCUUCGGUGAGUCCAUCGCCCGCCUCGCCCGUCGAGCAGGCCACCAUCGCGCCCUCGGACGUCCCCAGGGCCCCGCCCGCCCCCGACAGCGCCGUCGUUGCUGGCGCAUCGCGUGAUGCUCCCACGACGGCGCCCGCGACCACCCCCCCGACGGGCACCGGUGCCUCGAGCGUCGCCCCCGACCCCGUCCAGCCAAAGCCCAGGAAGAAGAAGCGCACCCUCCGCAAGCUCCUCGUCCGCCUCGCCAUCCUGACCGGCCUGGGCUACGCCGGCGGCGUGUGGUACUCGCUCGUCUCGGACAACUUCCACGACUUCUUCACCGAGUACGUGCCCUACGGCGAGGACGCCGUCGCCUACUUUGAGGAGCGCGAGUUCCGCAGGCGCUUCCCCGGCCGUGCUGGCGACCCCCGGCUGCACCCCCAGAUCUCUGGAGAGAACAAGGUCACCAUCCCUGGACGGAGCGGCCUGACGGCCCGCACCGUCAAGGAGAACAGCAGCGACCUCGGCGGCCAGGGCCCGCAUCUGAGUGCUGUCGCUGACAACAACAAGGCGGCCACGGCCGAGUCGAGCGGGCUGCCGCCCAAGGUCUCGUCGGAAGAGAAGAAGGCUGCCCCGAAACAGACGUCGUCAAAGACCAUUGCCCCGCUCGACCACCUCAGCGUGCCCUCUGCCACGGAGCCCGUCGUCCAGGAUGUCGUCAAGAUUGUCAACGACAUCAUCACCGUCAUCAAUGCAGACGAGGCCAGCGGCGGAAAGUACAGCUCGACCCUCGACAAGGCCAAGGGCGACCUUGGCAAGGUGAUUGCUGACAUCAACAUGAUGAAGGAGUCGCUGGAGAAGCAGGCCGAGAACAAGAUCAAGGCCGCCCACGCCGAAUUCGACGAGGCCGCCAAGGAGCUCGUCAAGCGUCUCGACCACCAACUGCAGGCCCAGGAGACUCAGUUCAAGGAAGAGUUUGAGAAUGAGCGCGAACGCUUGUCACAUGGCUACAAGGAGCGGCUCCAGUCGGAGCUGCAGGUUGCCCAGAAGGUGUACGAGCAGAAGCUCAAGAACCAGCUCCUCGAGCAGAGCAUCAGCAUGCAAAAGGCCUUUACAGCCACGGUCCAGGAGCGCGUCGAGGCUGAACGCCAGGGUCGUCUUGGCAAGCUCAACGAGCUUUCGUUGUCUGUGCACGAGCUCGAGAAGCUGACGGCCGAGUGGAACAGCGUCAUCGAGGCCAACCUGAAGACGCAGCACUUGGUGGUUGCCGUCGAGGCGGUGAGGUCUGCCCUGGAGAACCAGACCAUCCCCAAGCCCUUUGUCACCGAGCUGGCUGCUCUCAAGGAAAUUGCCGACGACGACCCCGUUGUCAGCGCCGCCAUUGCCAGCAUCAACCCCGCCGCCUACCAGCGCGGUAUUCCCAGCCCAGCUCUCCUCAUUGACCGCUUCCGCCGUGUUGCUGCCGAAGUCCGGAAAGCGGCUCUGCUUCCCGAAGACGCUGGUGUCGCCUCGCACCUUGCUUCUCUCGCAAUGUCCAAGGUUCUGUUCAAGAAGUCUGGUCUCGCAGUCGGUGGUGACGUCGAAGCUACUCUCGCACGAACAGAAGUGCUGCUCGAAGAGGGUGACCUGGAUGCCGCAGCACGAGAAAUGAACAGUCUGCAAGGAUGGGCCAAGGUACUAAGCAAAGACUGGCUGACCGAGUGCCGGAGAGUGCUCGAGGUCAGGCAGGCGCUAGAUGUCAUUGCGACCGAGGCCCGCUUGAACAGCCUGCUGAUUGACUAGAGUCUAUAUUUCCCAAAUGCGCUUGAUGUGUGUAUCCCCUAGAUUUGUCCAUAGACUAGGCCAUGUCGGCUUGUACCUUUUCCUUUAGUCGACAUGGCCAGUGCUGUAGCCUGUACCAGUAGCUUAAAGAAACUUAUUCCAUGUUCACCCGGGCUCUCUUCUAUGGCUGUUAGGUCGGUAGAGCAUUCCAGGUCACGUUGCGAGUAUUUGUCGUUGGGAAUCAUCAAGUUUUGUUUGAAGGUUCAUGGACGUGGUUGGUCAUGGUUCAAGUGUGAUCAAGGUGGCAGCCAUAUCGAACAUUACGAUAUAUCAUUCACAAAGAAGAAAAGGCAGCGACCAGAGUACUACGAAUACAAAGACAGAAUCAAC